AUGGAAUACCCCACCGGUUAUCAUUCUCUGGAUAAACUUGCCCAUCAAAACGAUACGCAAAAAUUAGUGGUUCUCUGCCUCUCGUCGCUGCAAGACAUCUCUGAAUACUUCGGUAAACAGGAUGACGAGUUUCUCCAAAAGCACUUCGGGCACAUCAUAGUGCAGGGCGGUUAUAUAAUCCAGGAUAGUUCCAUCAAGCCAGACUUGAAGGCGAUGAACAACAGUUUCCACCCGGAGGCUGCGGCCACCUUUACGGAUCGCCUCCAUACUCUAGGAAUACCAUCGGAUGCCUGGGGCAAAGAAGUUGCAGUGGCUGCAGGUCUCGAUCUAAGUAUCUUCAAGGAACUAGACGGCCCAGUGAGGAAGCAUCUUAACUGGAAGCUCCCUCGCCAACUCUAUGGGUUCUAUUGGGAUGCACUCAACAAACCAUUCAAACCGCAUCUUGACAAGGCAUGGCUUUUAGAGACACACAUGCGUAUCGACAAGACCAAUCCAGCCUUUCAAACUAUGAUAGCUGAGCCACUUUCUUUUGGUAAAUUUGUGGAUCAAACCAAGCUCCCCGCCUACGAUGCUUGUGCAGCAAUGGGUGCGCUUGGCGAUCCAUUCCUCCGGCGGCUUGGGAUUUUGGAAAACACCCAAGAGAUAUCAGAUCAAUCAUAUCGCAUGUUCGGAGAGAGCCCUGAUAACCUAGGGGGGGUUAACCCAGAGAACCUAAACUUCGCUUUAAGGGUUUUUCUGAAAGGCUCGAUAAAAGCUUCCUAUGAAAAUGCAAGUAAACUCAUCAGCGGCAGGAUCACUUGGUUUGUUCCUAGCUACGAGACCACGCUGGAGAGUUACAAAAAGAAACUACCAUACCUGAGGGGAAAUGCCCACGAUAAAACCGAAGACGGUACCGAAAGGGGCAUAAAGAAGGAUAAAUUCGGCAAACCUAUUCAAGGUAUUGAAGAUGAAGGACCACCUUAUGAGCUCCUGUUUCAAGAAGAGAUGCUCCAACAGCAGACCAUCAACAUGGAAAGUCUUAUUAUCGAUGACGCGCCAAGGAAUGGAGAUUGA